CUCUCUCCCGGGCUCGGGCGGACCGUGGUCGCUUCUGGGGCCCAGUUUCCCCCGUCCUUUCGGCCUUGGGCCGCGGAAGAGGACCACUCUGUUCCCCGGCUGCGCCACCUCCGGCUCGCCUCCGAGGCUGCGCUGGCCUUCGACGAGAGCCAGGUGCUGCUACACUCUGCCCUCUGUGUUCGGGGCACUUUCUCCCCAUGGAGUUCCCUGACUUGGGGAAGCAUUGUUCAGAAAAGACCUGCAGGCAGCUAGAUUUUCUUCCAUUGAAAUGUGAUGUAUGUGAGCAAGAUUUCUGUAAAGAUCAUUUUACCUACGCUGCACAUAAAUGUCCCUUUGCAUACAAGAAGGAUGCUCGGGUCCCAGUGUGCCCGCUGUGUCACCGCCCAGUCCCAGGGACGAAGGGAGAGGUCCCGGAUGUGGUGAUUGGUGAGCACAUGGACAGAGAUUGUAGAUGCCGUCCUGGGAAGGAGAAGGUUUUCACCUUCCGGUGCUCGAAAAAGGGGUGUAAGAAGAAAGAGAUGCUGCCAGUGGCUUGUGACCAGUGUCGUGGCAACUUCUGUAUUCAACACAGAUAUCCCCUGGAUCACAGCUGCACACACGGGAGCAGAGCCGUCAGCAUCGGGGGGUGAGAAGUCCCAGCCGGGGUGCUGGCCUGACGCCUCCCCGGACGAGGGUAGAGCCAGCUUCCCGCCCAUGGAGGGCGGUGAGCAGCCUGGAGCGUUGUUCUCUGUCAAGUGGUGGAUGCAGGAGUUUGCAUGAAUAUAAUCUUCAUUAAAGUUGGAUUCUAAAUUUAAAAA